CGACGAGCGAAAGAGCAGGACCUGAGCCCGUCUUGUGCGCUCAUCAGCGAGAGAGCAGGCUUGGCACAGGGUCGGCCCGCAGCGUCAAAAGCUACGUUCGGGGCUGUGAUGUGAUGUCAAGGCUGCGAGGAAUAUUUCGCGAGCAUCGAUCGCCCAUCAUCUCCAUACGACAACGUCGAUCGCAACCGGUCAUGCUCAAGUCACCGCGACUACUGCAGCUCUUCCGCCAGACGGCAUUCCACGAUGCCACGCUGCGGGCGCCGAUGAGGCAAACAAUCGCGAGACGAUUACCACAACUUCCGAGCCCAACAGCUCCUCAAAGGCGAGGAUUGACGAGCGGGAAUGCAAACGCGUUGCUAGGGAAAAGACUGUGGCGGACAGUCCAAGGCAAAGCCAGGCCGAAUGUACGGACGCGUCGGGGUUACAGCAGUCAGGCAGCAGAUGGCGCAAAGCCCCGAUCUCUGUCGGAGCGGAUGAAGGAGAUGUCGCGGAAGUACGGUUGGACAGUGACAGGCAUCUAUCUCGGCCUAUCAGUGCUCGACUUCCCGUUCUGCUUCCUAGCAGUGAAGUGGUUUGGCACGGAGCGGAUAGCGGAGAUAGAGCACAAAAUUAUGGAUGGCUUCUGGGACAUCGCCGAGAAGGUCAUGCCGAGUUUGAAGGACAGACGACUCGAAAAGGAGGCAAGUGCUGCGGAAGAAGCUGCGGCUGCAGCGCGUGAGGCCGGCGACCAGGUUGCUGAACAAGCGAAGAGUAAGAAUCCAGGUCUUGGUACACAACUCCUGCUCGCAUAUGGCGUGCACAAGUCGCUCAUUUUCUUCCGAAUCCCCAUCACCCUGGCCAUAACACCAAAGGUCGUCAAACAACUGCGAAAAUGGGGCUGGCAAAUUGGCAAGCCGAAGCCAACACCGGCGUAAUUGGAUACGAGUCGCAUGUAAGAUGGUCGUUUGGGAGAAAUCACUCUCUGCUCAAAGCAUUGUACAACAGGAUAGAGGCGCUUCUGUCGGAAACUGCUGCCGUCAGGAGUUUGCGGGGCGGCAGCAUUAUAGAUCAGCGAGCGCUUGCACUUAAUAGAUUUGGCCUGGUCCGGCCGACACAUGUUCUCGACUCCUGUUUUCCUGCCAUGGCGCGUCGAAGAUUCCACCACUCGGCAUCAACGAUACCUCGAAGGCCGCACACUCUUCUCCAGGUGCCCGCAGUUGCGAGAGACUGAUGAAAGGUGUUCGCGUCAGCAGGCGGCAGUGCAAGGCCAGCGACACGGUGCCACUGGACAUGAGCAAGCUCAGCGGCCCAGAGACUGGUUCAAAAAAUAAGAAUAAUCUAGAAGGUCACCGUAGUGACGUUUCAGAGAUUAAACUGAAAAGAACAGAUACCUGGGAGCAGUGGUCAACAAGCAGUCAUUGAACUCGGGAUGUGGCGCCAAACUCACUACACUUGAUCUUCUGAACUGUUAGCGGUUGUGCAAUGGAUCGAAGAGGUGGAAGUGUGACUGACCUAAGCCAAAAGGCAAAGAGAGCUGGGGAAAAGAAGAAGAGGUUUGGUAGGGGAAGAAAGCCCUUCUUGUAGUGCCGGCGAGGGCUGCGGCCCGCUCAGAAUCAACAAAACAUCUGACCAAUGAGAGCUCAGGAUCACUGAGACGUUCAUUGCUGCCUGGGGCGCGCG